AGCGGCAGGGUGGAACCCCCGGUGCCUCCCCUGUGUCUCCUACGUCUCGAUUCAUUGGAAGAAGACUAAGAGCAGCAGCAGCAGGAGGAGGACGAACUGUAAGUGUGGCAACAGCAGGAGGAGCUAGAGGAGGCGCGGCGGGCAGGGAGGUGCGGCCACGUGGGCGGACUCAACGGAACCCAGCAGAGCCCCGCGAUCGCCCUUGGUUCUUCUCACUUGUGUGUGUCCUCCUCACGCCAUGGCCGCUCCUCUCCGCGUCUCCAUCGUCGGCUCGGGAAACUGGGGUUCCGCCAUCUCCAAAAUCAUCGGCCGCAAUGUGCAGCAGCUCAGCAGGUUUGAUAAGACGGUGAGGAUGUGGGUGUUCGAGGAGGAGGUGCAGGGACGAAAGCUGACGGAGAUCAUAAACACUGACCACGAGAAUGUCAAGUAUCUGCCGGGACACAAGCUGCCUGAAAAUGUGGUGGCCGUGCCGGACAUUGCCCAGGCGGUGGAGGGCGCCAACCUGCUGGUGUUCGUGGUGCCCCAUCAGUUCAUCCGCGGCCUCUGUGCGAAAAUCAAGGGGCACGCAGCGACUGGGGCCCUAGGCAUCUCCCUCAUUAAGGGCGUGGACGAGGGUCCUGACGGACUGAAGCUCAUCUCCGACAUCAUCCGUGAGCAGCUCGACAUCCCCGUUAGCGUGCUCAUGGGCGCCAACAUUGCCAACGAAGUGGCCGACGAGAAGUUCUGCGAGACCACAAUCGGCAGCAAGGACCGCGAGGCGGGCAUCCUCUUCAAGGAGCUGCUGCAGACGCCAAACUUCCGCAUCACCGUGGUGGAGGAGGCGGACACGGUGGAGAUCUGCGGGGCCCUCAAGAACAUCGUGGCGGUGGGCGCCGGAUUCUGCGACGGGCUCGACUGCGGCGACAACACCAAGGCGGCCGUGAUCCGCCUGGGCCUCAUGGAGAUGAUCGCGUUCGCGCGCAUCUUCUGCCGCGGAGCCGUGAGCUCGGCCACCUUCCUGGAGAGCUGCGGCGUCGCCGACCUCAUCACCACGUGCUACGGGGGCCGCAACCGCCGUGUCUCCGAGGCCUUCGUGCGCACACGCAAGAGCAUCGAGGAGCUGGAGAAGGAGAUGCUGAACGGCCAGAAGCUGCAGGGACCCCAGACAGCCGCAGAGGUUCACCGCAUCCUCCAGAACCGCGACAUGGUGUCCAAGUUUCCACUCUUCACAGCCAUCUAUGAGAUCUGCUACUCGGGCAAACCUGUAAGCGGCCUCAUGACGUGCCUACAGAGCCACCCGGAACACAUCUAGGCUGCUUUGCAGGCUCGGAUGCCCCACACGCCCGUGAUGUCGGUGACCAAGGAAAUCCACAUGGCGACCAAAGUUAAGGAAGCGCAACGACUCUUUUUCGUUUUUGUACGUUUGCUGUAAUGUUCGAUUUCUAAGAUCCAAUGUUUUAUAUGCUGCACUGGUGCGCACAAUUAACGUGUUUGGUUUGCAAGUCUAACUAUGUUCUCUGAAAUUAUUUUCUUACGCACUGUGUUUCUGACGAGUAAUCCCGGGAAGCGGCGCCGAAGAUGGGAUGUCAGAUUUACUGCCGCGGGAAAUAAAUAUGCGAGGCUGUGAAAUAGGCUCGUGUGUUGUUGGCAGCUCUAGAGACUCCCCUCCGCCUAGGCCAUCAGGAGCGGCUCCCUUCGCUAUCGUGAAGGUCGUCUGUUCUCCGUGGCUGUGUUUGACUGCUGUUCAUUACAACCGUCCCCCAUAAUCAUUCCAUCAAGCCCAGCUUUGGUGAGGUCAUUUUAGAGGCACUUUCAAAAACAUUGAGCAAUAUGCGUCAGGGGAGAUUUUCGAAAACCAAUUCUUAGCCAUAAUCUGCAAUAAAGGCAGUGUGUUCCGGGUCACGACCAGUACAUGCGUGUCCCAAUGAAAGCUGCUGUGGCCAUGUGAGUACGGGGCGGCGGGAGGAACGGGACAUUUUUGUGGCGGGGGAGUUGGUUAAGAACCGCCCUUGCUACUGAAUGUUAUGGUAAGUGGCAGUCUGACAUUGACUUGUGUCUUCACCAUAAACUUAAUCAGGACUGUUUACUUGAAAUAAAUAUGACAACAAUAACAAACA